ACGACUAGAGCCACACCUGUGUGUUCAUUGGUCGGAAAGCAACCGGUUAAAUGCCUGAACGAACGACUGAAAAAAGAAAAGCCCCUCGGAUCCAUUCAGCUGAUGGCGGAGCAGCGGGCUGACUGCAGUAACCCGCAUUCGUACCUGCAGCGCCGAAACAAGAGGCGGAUUACUGCGGCUUCCCCCGGACAGCUCGGGGUCGGCCGCCGCCGCCGCCUCCCUCUCCCUCUCCGCGCAGACCGGCCGGUGACUGGGGGGCGGGACGAGCCGUCAUCGCGCGUCACAGGCGGCUUCGUUUAUUUAAAGUCGAGUCGAGAGGGGAGGAGACGUUUUCACGCUCGGCACGGCGUUGCCUAGCAGCUGCAGGCAGAGGACCCUGGCUGGUUCGCGUUCUUGUUUUUCAACUUCAUCCGAGGAAGCGCGGACCAUCUUCCCCCCAUCACCGCCGCGCCCCGUCGUCCGUGCGCUCGCCUCUCUCGCAAGUCUCUCCACGCCGAACAUGCCGCAGACCGUGACCCUGAAGGGACCCUCUCCCUGGGGGUUUCGACUGGUGGGGGGACGGGACUUCAGCACGCCGUUAACCGUGUCCCGGGUGACAGCAGGCAGCAAGGCGGCCCAAGGUGACCUGUGUCCAGGGGACACCAUCCUGACCAUCAAUGGCGACAGCACAGAGCAGAUGACACACAUGGAGGCUCAGAACAGGAUCAAAACCUGCACUCAGCAGCUCACACUCAGCAUCAGCAGGUCGGGAUCAGGAGACAGAGUGUGGUCGCCAACUGUUAGUGAAGAUGGCAAGACAAGCCCUUACACGGAGCCUGACUCACAGAAUUUCCGCCCAAUCACGAGCGGAUACGGCGGUUACAGCCGUAAACCGUCAUACACCCCUGAACCCCAGUCCCCGCAGCCCACUCACCCCACUCAGCCCACUCAGCCCACUCAGCCCACUCACAUGAACAACGGGCACUCCAGACCCAACAACGGCCACAGCCACGGAUACGGUAACGGAACUGGACACGCUCAGUACAACAACCCGACGGGGCUUUAUGGCGGCAGCAACGGCGACCGAUGUCUGCCAAGCAAGAUGGGGGGCCUCAGCCUCAGCGCCACGCACAGCCCAGAACCUCCCGCUCAAUCCCCCGUGGGCGGUAAUGGUUUCAACCCACAGUCCGACGUCUACAAGAUGCUGCAGGACUACGAGGAGCCCGCCUCUGAACCCAAACAGUCCGGCUCCUUCAAAUAUCUCCAGGGAAUCCUGGAGGCUGAGGAUGGAGGCGUGUCCCCAACAGAGAGGAUGAGAAACCUUAAGUCUCCGGUCAGGUCUCCGAUCCCCAAACUGGGGAGCCCCAUUCCCAGCCCCAUGUCUGGUCUUCAGAAGCUACCCCAGUGCACACGCUGCUGCAAUGGCAUUGUCGGCACCAUCGUGAAGGCCCGGGACAAGCUGUACCACCCCGAGUGCUUCAUGUGCGACGACUGCGGCCUCAACCUCAAGCAGAGGGGCUACUUUUUCAUCGAGGACAAUCUGUACUGCGAGACCCACGCCAAGGCGCGCGUCCAGCCCCCCGAGGGCUACGACGUUGUUGCAGUGUACCCCAACUCCAAGGUGGAGCUGGUCUGACACGGCAAUGUGGAGCUGGUCUUUCUGUGAGAGAAUGGGUUCCGCUGAGUAUCCUGUGGCACAGAUUAACCCGGGCUCUGUCGCGCAGGAAUGCCGAUUUUGGAUCAGUUAUAAUCUGUGGGAGAAGAGUUUUUGUUAUGUUUCAGUGAUCCGAUAUCAGCAUUUCUAUGAUGACAGACCUAAUAAAUGCUAUGUACAUUGAGCAUGUUGAAAUGUGUUGAGAAUAAGGCUUGGUUCUAAAGACUAAAGUCUAAACUCCAACACAUUAAAAAGCUGAUGUAGUUUUUUAUUUCCCAAUCUGAAUCCUCAUCUCUCAAUCAAUAUGUUUACAUUGAUAAACUAGACAAAAGAAAACCAGUUCAUAGGUUCACCAGGUCAUAUUUACAAAAGAAUUUCAGAUGCAAGUUCAUAUCCACAUCACAAGCACAGCAUAUUACAAAAUGAUUCCAUGUAAUAGGACAGAAAAGGACUGAGAUGUUGAUGCAGUUUGAAACGACCACACCAGCAGCCGGCGGUCUGUUUUUCAAAUGAUUAGCAUUGCAGUUUAUUACCAGCGUGAAAUCCGAUGACAGCUGUCACUUAAGCCUUAAACUUUUAACUGUAGAAGAGGAAUGUGUGUGAGAUGUGCGUUACCAGGAGAGGGUUUUUUUGAGCUGAUUGGCAUGUUUGCUGUGAUGAACAAUGCAGAGGAGUCGAUGAAGACUUUUGCAUUUAGCCUUUGAAACGAGUUUCCAACGCACUCACAACACUAAACUACAAAAUAUGCAAAUUCUUCUAAGCUAUUGUGAUAUUUUGUUCCAUUUAUGGUUAGUUAAGUUUAAAGUUUUCUGUCUUUUUAACUAUGCUACAGUUACACAUUUGAAAUUUACAUGUAUGCAGUUUAUCUUUCAGACUUUUUUUGCUAACAUUUCUCACCGUAAACAAUAAUUCAUUAUAAGCAGAUCAGGUAUGAUUGUGAUUGUCUGGAAUGUGCUUUGGGGUGUGGGUCUGCUGAACUAUAACCUUUAAGGAAAGCCUCCGUAUGAAAGCACCGCCUUUUGAAAUGUAAACAAAUCUGAGCAGGAGACGUCCUCAAAGCUCUGUGAGAAUCUCUAGAACUCCGGGGGGGAAAUCUGAGUAAAGAUGUGAUAGCAAAAACCUAAAUUCAUAUUUAGCUAAUUGAAAAACAGUAGAGUGAGAUAUGCCUUUUUUUAACAAAGAAGCUUCUGGCUCGUGCACCUGACCGAGAGAGGCGUUUCAACUCUCGCAGUGAAGAAUUCAAGUUCAUGGGGACGAGAGCACAGAGUUCACUGGGUGUGUUUAUUAAAAACACUCCGGGUUAACACCAGUGUGAUGCAUGGAGCCGUAGAAAACUGUUAGAAACUCAUUAAGUGGGACUCCACGCUCGGCAACAUGUGGAAGUAAUAUUCACUUUGUUUGGAUUUCCGGACCCGUCACACAGAUACAUUACGGUUGCUUUUAUUUUUUGGGAAGAUGAGAAGAGACAGAAGUUGGAAGCGUGCACAGUUUUUUUUAGUUUUUUUCUUGCCUUCCUACUAUGAAUUCAGAUUUCUGCUCGCAGCCAAGUCCACGAAACAAAUUCAAUAUUUUUCUACUUGUCCUCUGAGAGAGGGGGGACGGACAGGGAGGGGGUGAGAGAAAUGAGGGGACGGUGUUUUUCUGUGUUUUCUUCUCCCGACACAUUUUUUUCGGUGGCCACCAUUCUUGGCAGAUUGUAAAUGGUGAAGUGAACUGGAUGGAGAAGAAUCAUUUCAUGCUUGGUUUUAGGGUUUCCGAACAAAACUACUUUUUAUAAUUUAAAAUGAGAAAAAUGAAUUCUGCAGUGCUGAUAUCCAUCUUUUUUUCAUUUUUUUUUAGAUAUCAACAAUGUCGCGUAGCCACUGGUAUGCCGUCUAUACUAGUUAUCUUGUAAAUGAUGUGAAAAUUAUAUUGCUACCACAUUGCUUGUUUAGUAUUGUACAUAUUUGUUGUUUCGUGAUCGCUUUAACAUAUAUAUAUAUAACAUGACACUCACAUGCCUCUGCAUAGCCUUUGUCUUUAAAAUAAUUUCUUUGACACAAAUCCUCUUUUUUGUGUUUAACUUAUUGUUCUACCGACACAUGUUUUUGUUCUGGAUAUUCUUAUUUGCCUUCUUUUUUUUCUAGGAUCUGAAUAAAAUGAGAAGUGUAUUACAAUGA